AUGAACGUCGCAAGCUGGGAUGCACUCAAUGCAACUUACAUCCACAACCCAGCUACAAGAUAUUUCCACCGAGUCUUAGGGCACACGGUUUUCGGAAGAGUCAACAAUCACAAGGUAAACUCUAAGGAGCUCUUCUUUCUUCACUGUGUGUUCACCCCGGUGACGUUCAAUGCCACCCCAUUCCUAUUGGCCAACAUACAGGUUGCAUGCAUGAGAGGCAGCACAACGUUCUGUUUUGGAGGAAUCAUCACCUCCAUAGCAUUAGGACUGAAUCUGGGGGAUAGGCUCGCCAACUUACCCGCCUUGCCAGCUGAGUUCCUUAACAUUGACUAUUGUCGUUCCUCACAUCUCAUCAAGGCCAGAGACGACAGGAAGUACCAUCCCGUGGUUAGGAACAAGAUAGUUCGAAGCAUCAUUAUGCCCAACAGGAACCAUACAGAUCCGCAGAAUAUGGCGAAUUGGAUUUUUGAUCAGAACGCUCCUGAGACCAAUGAAGGAGAUCCUAAUAAUGGAGUAGAUGAAGUCGAAGAGGAACUUGACCGAGAAAUGCCACAUCCACCUCUUGAGUAUGCUGCAGAGACAUCUUCCCAAGGCCAUCGAAGAAAUGAGCGACGACCCGCCACCAUCGAAUACAUCUACACUGAGAUGUUACGACACAACCAGAGGAUGGAGGAGCGCCAAACAGAAAUGAUGCAAACGAUCCAGCAGAUACAGAGGGAUCAUCAUGACUAUGCGAACUGGCACGACCAGGGGAUGGUGGAACUUUCCGAAGAGAUGAGUGCCCUGACACAUCGCAUUGAUUCCAUCCAGGAGUACACUCAGCAUGUGGGGUUGGAUCCUACCCAGCGUGGAAGAAGUGAGCCUGCACGAGCAAGAGCUAGAGCGUGCAGAGCCCAACGUUGUGAUGACGAGUAG